CAUAAGCAAACACGCCCGACAUGAACUAUGUUUCGUGUCUGUUUUAACCGUUAUGUCCUGUAGAGGCACGACACACUUGGGGAAAAAAUUUAUUGAAAAUAGUAAAUAAACACGAUGAGCAAAAUAACCCUGCGUAACCAUGGCAACUGUGUUUGUUGCCAUUAGAGUGCAAAGAAACGACCUGUAGGGCUUUUUAGCUGUUAUUUUAGCUAACAAGUAGUCGAAAAAACACGUUAAUUUAUUGAAAACGACUUCGUAAAAGCGUGUACCUGUUACAUAAUGGACUCAAAUUCGUUGUAUUAUUCUUUGGAGCUCGUUGCCGGUAGUGGACAUAUUUUAACCCCCGAGCAAAGAACCGCCCUGGAGUCUUCCUUAGUGCUCCUGAAGAAAAACUACAAGUUCAGUCGAGUGUUGUUUUGGGGUAAAAUAUUAGGAAUUAAUGGGGUUUAUUUUAUUGCUCAGGGGAGAGGAGAAGAUGAGAUGAAAGACAAAAAGAACCUGUAUAGCUUGAAUUGCAUGGAUUGGUUCCUACUUCCCCCUGCGUCAGACUCUAUGAUAGAGGAAGUGUCCAAAGCUACAAAGGGUCGCUUCAUGGGAGACCCCUCAUUUGUGUAUGAACAUCAAGAGAUCCACAGGCAAGGAGAGGGAAAUGAGCCUGUAAAUGAGAAGGCAGUGAUAACAGUAACUGAGGAAAAAAGACUGGCAGUGGCCGUUCAUCAGAUCGAUGCAGAAGUGUCUGUGGUGCCUCGUGGUGCCUUCAUCAAGAGUCCACGUGGUCUUGUCCAGCUCAACCGCAGCUUUGGUGGUCUCUCUGAGGCAGAAGCAAGGAAGCUUGACAAUUUCCUUCACUUAAGACAAUCAGAAAAUAUGAAGAAGAAAUCUGUCCUGGACAUGGGAGAUUGGAACCCAGCAAUGGACUAUCUGGAUGCACUCAGUGAUGACAUUCCUAAAGGAUCUUGGAGUCUUCAGUUUGAGUUCGCAAGAAAAGUGUGUGUGCUUCGCAGCCUGCUGUGGCUCGGCCUGACCUUCUACCACGUGCCAAUGACACCACAGCAUGGAUACAUCUACAUAGGUGACGGGACCAAGAAUUUGGACCUUCCUUUCAUGCUAUAAAAGCUUUUUUCAAGCUGGAUACUCUCAGUAAUUCACAAAACCAAAAUCUGCUAAGAUCUUGUAUUAUAAAACAAAUAAAACUAGGUUGGUACAGUCA